AUGGUCAUUAAAAAUGAAAAUAAUCCAAAGAGGACAUUAGAGUCGUGUUUUGAAUGGUUUGAAACAUUUAAAGCUAUAGAACAUGGUGAUAUAGUAUGUACUAGUAUAUAUGAUGUACUUAUUCCUACUAACUUACUUAUUUUUAUUCAAGAACUAUCUCCAAUGUUUUUUGCCGAUUUUUUAUUAACUAAUGAACAUAUUGAAAGUAAAGCUAAGGGUUUACAUCUUAUAAUGGAUGGAAUUAAUGAUUAUUUAGAUGGCCGAUUUCAUGAAGAAAUAGAUACAUUAGAUUAUGAUUUAAUAGUAUCUACAAUAGAAGAUAAAGAUCAAUCUAAAUUAUCAGCUUUAAAUGAAGCAUGUAAAUUAUUUGGUUUUAUAGUUGUAUUUGCAGUAGAAAGUGAAAAUCAUGAAGAAGUAAUUAAUAACAUGAUGAAUUUAAGUGAAGCUACUCAGAUUGAAAUGCAACAUAUAAUUCAAAUAACAGGUCAUUUUGGUGGAAAUGAAGAAGGAAGUAUAUCAGAUGAAACUGAUAAUGGAAAUAAAUAUGAGAUAAAUAAUCAUACAAAUUCACUAUUACAAUCUAGAAAUUCACAAGGAAUAUCUCAUACAGAGGAUCUUGAAAAUAGAAUAGAAUUAUUAGAACAUGAGCUAAAAGAAGAAAAAGCAGCAAGACAACAAGCUGAAGAAAAUGCAAAAAAAGUAGCAGCUAGACCUAUAAAUGUUUUAGAAGAAACUGAAAAAUUAGAAAAUGAGGUUUGGUUAUUACAAAAUGAAAAGGAUCAAUUAGUUAAAGAUAAAAGAGAUUUAGAGGUUAAAUAUCGCAAUGAUAUAAAGGAUUUACAAAAUGAAUUGGAAAUGUAUAAAAAUGAGGCUAGUAAAGUUACUGGUUUAGAACAACAAGUUAAAAAAUGGAAAGAUAAAGUAGAUAGUUUAUUAGAGGUUAAAAAACAAAAUGAGAAACUUACAAAGCAAUUAGAAGAUAUGGGAGAUAAAUGUGAAGAUGAUAUAGAUACUGAAGGUAUAGGAGGUGGAGUAAAAAAAAUGUUACAAACUUAUAAAGAUAGAAUAAAUUAUUUAGAAAAUCAAAUUAAUAGAUUAAAUCAAGAUAAAGAAGAUUUACAAGUACUUAAUGAUAGUUUAAAACAACAAGGUGAUCAAAUACAAAAAGAUAUACAAAUAAGAACUGGGCAAGUUCAAGUAUUAAGGAAAACUUUAGAAGAUGCAGGAAUACCUAUAGCAGCUGAUAUUGAAGAAAUAGAUACAACGGGGAGUGAUUUCGUUCCUGGUACAACAAAUUUUUAUAUUGCACAGAUAAGUAUUUUGAAAGAUCAAUUAAAUACACAAAAAGAAUUAUUACAAAGUGAGCAAAAACGUCUUAAAUUGUUAGAAUCUCAUGGGGUAGAUUCGACUGUAGUUGCAACACUCAAACAACAAAUUAUGAUUAGGGAACAAGAAGCUGAAUUACAUCAGUCUGCUAAGUUAGAUAUUGAAAAAAGAUCUCAAAUAGAAUUAAGACUAUUAUCUACUUGUUUACAUGAAAUGGCUCUAAAAUAUCAUCAAUGUAAAUCAAUAGUUAUACAAUUAGAUGAGGAAUUAUCAGCAUUAAAAAGUAAAUAUCAAACUUCUAACAAAUAUAAUAAUAAUAAUAAUAUUAAUGAUAAUACAGGAUAUAAUAAUAAUGAUAAUACAGAAUAUAAUAACAAUAUAGAAUAUAAUAAUAAUAAUAAUAAUAAUAAUAAUAAUAAUAAUAAUAAUAAUAAUAAUAAUAAUAAUAAUAAUAGUAAUAAUAGUGAUCUACAACCAAAUUCUGUAAUAGAGAACUAUUCUGAUUCUGAUGUAGAAACUAAAUCUGAAAAGAAUAAUUAUAUUAAUUAG